AUGACGGACUUGACCGUUGUGGUAGCAGUACUCAUGAUGGGUGCUACCGAGUUCCGGCCUCCAGGGAGCGAGUGUCGGCAUGGUGAGGCCGUGCUGAGGUCGAGUCGUCAGGUGUUCACGUGCCGCGUCAACCGGGACUGUCCCCUCAACACCACCUGCACCAGCAGCAGCGUCAAUAAGUGCUGCUGGUCGCCGCCAGUUGCCACAAACAGCAGUCAGUCGUACUUUAAGACUGGGGCCUGUCCGGCCAGAAGCCAGCGAAUCCGAUGCGGUAUAGACUGUGACACGGACUCGGACUGCCCUAACGAGGACAAGUGCUGCUCGCACGAGUGUGGAAGAUCCUGUCUCAGACCUGUCUCCCGACCAACUGAUCCGUGUUCUACCAAGUACAUGAACUGCACGUGCAUUAAGAAUACUGCACGGGCCUUAAACAAGAAUGUACCCUGA